AUGGCGGCCUCGUCGUCAAGUCGGCUCGGCCUCACCGGUGCGCUGAUAGAAAACGGCCCAUUAUUGCUGUUCCCUCAGCCUCACUAUUGCGAGAACUCGUCUUGA